UUACUCAUGAAGAUAAAAUCCCUUCAGUUGUAUGCAGACUUUGGCUGGCUGGUUUUGCUGGUAAUAUAAUCAGUCUGUGAACUGUAAACGGCUCUUUUCAGCAGAGUUUUGGUGCAUGAAGCUAUUUAAGUAUGAAAAACAGUCAGAAGAAGAUUAGCUGGGAGGUCAGGAUGAUUCUGGAGCUGCUGCUGUUUGGACUUCUGUUACUUGGAGGUUAUUUUCUUCUUCAUAUGACUUUGCUCAAGUUGCCAAGAUGUAAAAGUACUGCAAAGUUACAUGGAAAAACUGCCAUCGUGACGGGAGCAAACACCGGCAUCGGUAAGACCACAGCAAUGGACCUGGCCAGGAGGGGGGCGAGGGUGAUCAUGGCCUGCAGGGACAGACAGCGAGCUGAGGCUGCCAUCCAGGAAAUUAUCCAGGAGACCGGUAACAGCCAGGUCAUCUUCAUGCAGCUCGACCUUGCCAGUCUGCAGUCUGUUCGCUCAUUCGCUGAAAAUUUCCUCCGGUCUGAGUCCAAGCUGGAUCUGCUCAUCAACAAUGCCGGUCUGAUGAAUGGUGGACAGACAGUGGACGGCUUUGGGAUGAUCUUUGGCGUUAAUCACCUGGGUCACUUCUUGUUGACGGUGUUGCUCCUGGACCAAUUGAAGGCGAGUGGGCCAAGCCGCGUGGUGAAUGUGGCCUCCAAAGCGUACACAAUGGGGAAUGUGGAUUUCAAAUGUCUGACGACUCAUAAAGAUUUAGCUUUGGGAAGCAGUGACUAUCAGCUCUUCCAGAAGUACUGUCACAGCAAACUGUGCAACGUCCUGUUCACCUACGAGCUCGCCAAGAGGCUGCAGGGCACCAGCGUCACCUGCUACAGCCUCCACCCUGGAGCCAUAAAAACAGACAUCGGUCGUUACGCUGGCUUCUUGUGGAGUUUCUUCAUGGCACCUAUCAUCUUCUUUUUCUUCGUGGAUGCUGAGUCUGGAGCUCAGACCACCCUCCACUGUGCCCUGGAGCCAGGCAUCGAGCACCUUAGUGGCCAUUACUUCACCCAGUGUGCUCCACUGAUGAAAAUUGAGUCGAAGGCGAGAGACGAUGCUGCUGCCAAGAAACUGUGGGAGCUCAGCGAGAGUUUCUGUGGCCUGUCCUAAAAACAAAGCUGAAAUCUUUUUUUAUUGUUUUAAAACUCAACAUGUUCAGUAAUGACAACAAGAAAAUGCUUCCUCACACCAAUGUGGUCCUUCUGCCAUUUAUUAAAGAGUGGACUAAGAGUGGACAAAAUUAUUACAUGAUGAUUAUCUGAAUAAAAUAUGAAUAAAAUCACAA